AAAGGCAGGCGUGUCUGUCCUCCUCCUUGCGCUCACCUGAGACGCGAGGACAAAGCGAGCGAGCAGCAGAGGCGCCCCCAUCCAUCUCCUCCUCCGGUCGCAUCCGGGACCCGGGGGCGCCUAUCACCUCAGAGAAACCGCCGGAGAAACUGGAGGGCGAGGGACGGCGACGGCGACGGCCAAUUUUCUGGGAGCAGGCAGGGCAAGGAAGAGGGCUCCAAAAAUCUAAGUGCUACUAGCCAUGGCUGAUCCUGCUCAGCCUCCUGUAGUGGCUGCUGCUCCUGCUCAGUCUCCUGUAGUGGCUGCUCCUCAGGCUCAGGGUAUAAUGCCCUUGAUUCAUUGGGUCCCAGUGUUUGAACGAACCAAACCAUCCGUCUUCCUCAUCCUGUUUACACCAGUAAGUGCUCAAGCAAUCAACGCCCGGGGUAUCGCUUUCGAAGCCAACUCCAAGUCUCAAGUCGAGCUUGAUCAAAUCUUCCAAUCAAAGUGGUCAACUCAAACGGGCGUUGCCUCGCAGACCAACGGCUUCUACCUCUAUAUACUGACCACAGCUCACAUUGUGGAUUACCUGUUCCAUGCAGUGAACAAACCAAUUGCUCCAGCAACAGUCAACAAGCUCUUUACAAUUGAGGUGACCUGCUUUCAUGCAGAAAGAGAUUUCGUUGAUACCAGGCACAGAGUCGGCGAUCGGACCUACACGCCAGCGACCGUCUGUGGGAUCGAUUGCCUCAGGGAUUUAAUGAUGCUGCGUGUUGAUCGGAGAGAUCUGGCUAUGAGGGUCGAGGGGCAGCAGAGAGUGCGCUGCACACGUCGUCAUCCGGUUCUCCAGUUUAGCAUCACCAACGAGUUUGGUAUGCAGUGCAUGCUAUUUUCCUGGCCAGCGUUCCGUCCAUGCACAUUCGCCACAGGGCUUCAGUGCCUCUACCGCUGUCUGAGUGGCAUGAGCACGAACACCGUUGGGUAUGAUAUGGAGCUGCUGGAGGCCUACAUUGGAUCUGAAGACGGGUCCUCCGGAGGCCCUUUACUCAACUCUGCUGGACAAGUCAAGGGAAUCCUGCACGGGGGGACUGGGGUGCACUCCCAGUUCAUACUGUCCAGAUACAUCAUUCCCUUCAUCGUGAACAACGCAACACCCCCUGAGGCACAGUCAACAUCAUCAGCACCUUCAGCUCCCCGGGGUCCAAGUCCAAGAGGAGGAAGAGGAGGUCCUAAAAAAGAUGACAGGCCGGGUCCCUCAGAUCCUUCUAAGCGCCGUCGCUCCGGUGUCCAAGAUAAGGGCAAGGCCGCCGCUGCAGGUGGAUCCGGCCGGAGGUAUGUGCUCAGAUCCCAAGGCAAGGUCAUGAUCACUGCUGUAGGUGGAUCCGGCUGGAAGUAUGUGCUUAGACCCCGGUCAUGAUCACUUGACUGCUUCGUUCCCAGGACACAGGAUGAUUGAAAGACAUCGUGCUCUUCUUUAUUAUCUGCGGGAUGAACAAGUUUUGUACGCAUCUAUAGCGGCUACGAAACUCUUUUACAUUUGGAUGGGCAUCUAGAACUGUAGGCUAGCUGAAUGAUGAUAGACAUCGUGUUUUUCUUUGUUAUCUGCGGGGUGAACAAGUUUUGUACGCAUCUGCUCCUCCUCCACCUUGGGAUAAUCCACCCAGCUAGCCAUCAUUGUGGCUACUGAAUGGAAUCUAUUGACCAUAUAUGCGUGAAAUGAGGCCAGCCAUUUUGUUUAAA